AUGCCCGAAGCCCACCCUGUGAAUGUAGAAGAUAGCCAUGGAGAAAAACUUCUGCCUGCCAUCACCUCCACGGGCUCGAGGUUCUUCGAGCCAGGCGACGCCCACGCCAGCGACACGGAGGUUCUCGUCAUCGCCCUCCUCGUGAUCCACUUCGAACCUAGCCCCGAGAAGACCCACGAAUGGGCGUCGAGGCUCGCUGCGCACGCAGCCGAAGCUGCGCAGGAGCAGGAGCUCUGGUCGGCGGCGGCGGCUCCCGUCGACGCCUUCGUGCCCAUCAAGGACGUGUGCGCGCGAGCGUGGGACGAAGGGACGAAGGUGCUCGUGAUGCGAGCGGCGAUGCGCUGGUCAGGGCGCGGCGCACGCGACGACAUCAACGACGACCAGCUGACAAACUACAAGUCGUUGCUACCAAGAAGGAGGGCCACUUGCGCGGCGUGA